AUGCGAAAUCCCUUCCGACGUCGGAACAAGAAGGACAAGGCCGGCAGUGGCGGCCAGAGCUCUGACUUUAUCGUUCCUUUAGAGUUUCGCCCAGACGGUGCAGGAUGUCCACCGUUAUACCCCCCAACUCGAAACUCCGCAUAUCUGCUCGCUCAUCUGCCACCAAAGGUUCUUGAGCGCAUCUUCGCUUUCGUUUGCCCGCAUGCCCUCGACGAGAGUUAUGAUAAUUGCGAGAGCAGUGCCAGCACAAACGACAGCGGUUGUAUGCUAUGCGACCUGCGCGAUAUUGCUCAUUGCGUUCAGGUUUGUCGCGCUUGGCGUCCAAGCGCGGUCAAAGUCUUAUAUCACAGCGUUCGUAUCGAUCCAGUCCACUACUGUCGCCUCGAGGAAUGGCUUGCCGAAAGACGUAAAAAGACCUCCCGCUUCGACCGUAAUGGUGUCCCCGAGGAUCCUGCCCAAGCUCGUCUCCGUCUCCUCCGACGCACCGUUCGCGAUGACCCGACACGAAUUGGAAAGUUCGUACAGUUCUUGAAGCUUCCAUACAUGUUGCGCGAAUCUUCUCAAGUCGAGCUUGCACAGACCAUAGCCGUCCUUCCAAAUCUCAAAUAUGUCGAUCUGCCAGAGGGCAUGUUUUGCGACGAUCCUCACUAUACGACCCUCCGACUCGAAGUGCAAGCAAGAUGCCCCAACCUUCGAAAGAUGACCUACGUUGGUGGUUCCGAACACAGUCUGGCCAUGUUGGCCUCGGGACAAGUGUGGCCGAACCUCGAGGUGCUAGAGUUGAAUGACUUGAACGUCGAUCCUACGGUAAUUCGGGCAGUGCUUGGCAGCCUCAGCAAUUUACAGGCGCUCAAGGUCUCGAACACUCCGGGUCUCUCAGACGAGGUCCUCUCAUCAUCGGACGGAAUGGCUACGUUGCCCCCUAUUAAGGAGCUUGUGCUCAAGGAUACGCCUGGUGUGACGCUAAAGGGACUUAUUGAGUACCUUGCAUGGCAGGAGACUCAACAAGCUCUGAAAGUCCUUACGCUUAAGGAUACUGGCGUUCAUCCAGCAAGCUUGCAGGAAAUUCUCACUAUGGCUUCAUCGCUUAAGACAUUUGCCAUUCAGUCUAAAGUUGCAGAGCAGUUUCCAAGUUCAGCCAACUCCCGACCCUUGGCUUCGCGUUCUUUGGAAACUCUGAGAUUUGAGAUUUCCCCGGCUUCAUCCGGUCCAUUCGACAGCGUGACGAUGGGCUACUAUACCUACCUUGCAUCGUCUAUUCUCGGCGGUGGAUUCCCGAAGCUGAGGCAGCUUUACGUUCAUGAUGAGAGCUUUCCCGACCAACUUCAGGGGCUUCCACCCCCUAAUGCUGCAUUCGCUGGAGGUCACGCACGCUCUGGAUCUAACUCAUCCACGAAGUCGAACCCUGGUUUUGGUUUCCCGCCGUCUUCGAAGCUAUCACCACCAAAGCUCCCCGUGCCCAGACGUCCGAUAUCACAUAUUCAACCACCAAGCAAACGUUUCAGCUCGAACAAUCCUUUCGCUCCUCGUAUGCCUGCUUCAGCAGCUCCCACGCACACACUUGAGGUAUUUACGAAGAGCGAUGAAUUUGGCAAGUGGAACUUUGUGUCGGUAGAUCCAAUGUUCAAGUCUGCCUCGUCAGCAUCUCGGCGGCCGAUGAGCAGCUACGGGCUGGCGGCUGACGUAACGGGAUCUGGAUGGGAUCGAGGUGACGCGCGACGUAGUGUUAUGGUUGGCAAUGGAACUGGCGUCUUCUUGGCUGUCCCUGGCCAAGGGGCCGAUGAGAGUGCAUUUAAUGGGAGCUCCGAUCCAUGGCGACCUCUGAGCAGUGGAGGAUCACCACGGCGCAGUCGAGAACUGUGGUAA